GCGGAUGCAACAACCCGGAAUGGGAAAAAACCAUCCGGAAUGCUCCUUGUUUCCAUCAUGUGCGAUCAGAGCUCAUGAUUGGGGAGCCGUUCAUUGAGGAAGACCCAUGGGGUGAAAGAACAUCUGAGCAGAUGAUGAAUUUGGCUUUGUUUGAUGAAGUCAAGCUCAUCAAAGAGCCGCUGACGAUUGAGUAUGGGCAUGAGCAGGCUGAUAAGACUUUCAGGAUCACUGGAGAGAUGUCAUUCCUUGUGAACUCUCUAAUUCACGAGGACCGCCUGAAAAUGAUGAAUGAAGAAGCAAAAGGCAAUCAAAUCAGAGAGGCUUUCAGAGAAGGAGAGUAUGAUGGGGAGUAUAAAUUAAUGGGAAUGUGGUUGAAUGGUGAGUUGAGUGAGGAUGAGGUGGAUCCAGAUGUUUGUCAGAAAAGUAAGGAUUUUGUUGUAAGAUAUGGUCAUCUUUUCAAGAAAUCCAACGAUGACAUUCCGAGAAGAGUGGUAUGUGGGUUUAUGCGACAACUUGAUGUGAUUGCGGCUUUGCAUGAUGGGGUCGCAGGCGGACAUAGAUCGGCACGAGUCACUUUGAAAAAGAUUCAACAUCUUUAUUUUUGGGAAGGAAUGAACAAGAUGGUUACUGGUGAGAAAUCUGUGGUUGGGGGCAACAUUAUGAGGGUAGGGUGGUGGCGUGAAGUAGUCACGUCCAAAGUAGCUGAAGCCGAUAAGAUGGUUGAAGUCGAGAAGGUGACUGAAGUCGUCGAAGUGGUCGAUGACGUUGAGGAAGUAGGAGUCGAAGUCGAUGUCGAAGCAGAGCCGCAAAACGCUGACAUCCUGAAGAAGCUGAUGAUGGAGUACCUGAUGGUGGGAGUCAGUAGGGUGAUAGUAGGUGAUCAGAGUGUCAAUCGUCAAGACGCCGAGGACGUCGACGAGUGCGUUGUGGACGCGCGGAGGCGUCCAUUUGCUGCUGAAGAACGGCCUCAGAGGGAGCGGGCUCGUCCUUCGCAAUCUCCUCAGCCGGCGGAGGAGGAAGAGGGUCAAUCGGACGACGAGAACCGGGGUGUAGACGAAGAUGCAGAGCGGGAAGAGGACGCCUUAGGGGACCGGGAGUCAGCAAAGUCGCCAGGGGCUAGAGAAGGGAGUAAGGAAAUCGUCCCCGGUGGAAGCUCGGGGAAGGGCGGAGGAAGCAAGCGAGGAACCCAGGAAACUAAGGAGGUUAGAGACAAAGGCAGCCCAACACGCCAGCACCUGGAAGGCGUGGAACAUAAGAAGGUAAGACUUACAGAUACGCGGAAGAGGCUGGCAGAAAUAGAAAGGAGGCCGGCAAAAUUUAGGGCAAAAUUACUAGAAGAAAUAAUGAACGAGAGCGAGAGGAACUCGACUGACGGAAGGAUACGAGAGGAAGAGGAGGCAAGUCAAGGAACAGGGGGUCAGGACGCGGACAUACAGCAGAGGAAGAAUCGGGUCAAGGAUCCCAGGGGGACCCCAACGAGGAAAGAGAAGGAAAAAGGGGACUCUCCCGGAAGGGACGUAGAAAGACCUACCAACCCGCCUCUCUUGGAUAGUGGCGCGAGCCGACCUUCGGCGUCCCCGACAAUCGCUAGGGGGUGUGAGGGACUCUGGAGUCUGAGGGAGAGAGUGCUGGGGUGGUUUGAUCCGGAGGGGACUGCGAGGACGAGAGGAAGACCAAACACAAGCAAGGAAGAUUUGGGGGCCGGAUCGGCGGCAGGGUCAGGAAUGGUCGAAGGAGGGCUUAGGAAACUCGUGUCAUCUCUUACUCGUGCGUUAAGCAAAAAUCAGGGAUACUUGGCCGACGCUAAGAAGAAACUGACCUUUGACGGAGCAAAUAUCACUAAGUUCCUGAUAGAUUAUGAGAACCUAGCGGCACUCCUAAGGUGGAGCGAGGAAGAGAAGAUGGAGCACUUAGGGCAGCACGUGUCGUUGAACCUAGGGAGGGACAUAAUGGCGAUCGUCGCCACGAGUGGGUCGUGGAAGGAGGCUUGGGACGUGAUGAUGAGAAAGUACUUGGCAGCCGAGAAGAUGGCCACGGAAGCAGAAUUGGCCGUUGUGCAAAGAAAGGACUUCGCAAUGUACAAUGACUUCCUGAGAGAAUUUACUCUCGUAGCGCUGCGCAUUCCCGGGGUGACCGAUCGAAUAAUGAAUCGGGAGGGAGGCGAAGUCAUGAGGGCCCCUUCCGGUACGAAGUUAAGCUUUUACGCAUUACCGGUAGGCAAGCUACGGGUUCAGAUCGGUUGCCACCAUACGGAUGCGCUAGUAGACGGCGGGGCUGAGAUCACGCUCAUACGAAAAGAUUUUGCGACGAUUGUCGGGUGCCCAAUAAACAGGGAAACCACUGGAAGUGUCCGAGGAGCCGGCGAGGAAAUUCCCUUCUCCGGAUAUGUCACCAAAUGCGCAGUCAAAGCUGGGGUCGGGGAGUCUAUAUGGUCGUUCCAACGGAUGACCGUUAUGGACGAAAUGGACCGUGACAUAAUCCUCGGAAGACCGUGGUGUGCAAAUGUAGAAGUGAUAGGGAUGCAUCUCCAUGAUGGCGCAUACAUGGUAGACAUAGAGGACCCGGUAACCGGACGCGGCGAGUUGCUCCGCCUCAUUGGAACUGGGGGAGACACGACAAAGGGAAAAUUGGCAACUUGGUCGCCCUCCUUCGAGGGGAGUGCUAGGAAGGGGGCCUUCGCGCGCAUGGAAGGAAUGAGGGAGAGGGUGGAGAUAAUGAUAGAGGAACCGUUCAGCAAGAAGGAAGGGGUCAAGAUGGGGCUUCCGCAAAAGAAACGGAGGUGGGAUGAAGAGGCCUUGGGAGUCAUGGUAGUGGAAAAGGGAACAGAAGUGGAACUGGGAGCGAGCCUGCCAAAGCGCGAAGAGGCUCGAGGCGAAGGCACCAGGAUAACGCUAGAGAUUCCGGAUCUACUCCACCUAAUCAAGGCGAUCAGGUAUCACAAGGUAGGAGUUGACCCCGCCUCUCUCGCGAGGUUUGAGGAGGAAGUUCGGAAGGGCUAUUGCCUGAAGAGUGUGGAAGGGUUCCUGACGGAACAAGAGACACGGGUAAUCAAGGAGGCAUGCCAGGAGUUCCACUUAGCCUUCGCCUUUAAUGACCACCAGAAGGGGCGGCUAGAUGCAAAGUUGAUUCCGCCAGUCAGAAUCCACACGGUUGAGCAUGAGUGUUGGAAUGACAAGGGGCCCGCCUAUGACUUCGGAAUCGCGGGGGAGGUAACAGAGCUUCUAAGGGCAAAGAUGGACUCUUUUGUGGCGGAGCCUACCGCAUCGCCAUACGCCAACAAGUGGUUCGUAUUUCGAAAACCCAACAAGUCCCUAAGGUGGAUCCAGGAUUUGCAGAAGCUAAAUGCUGUCACCAUCCGGGACGCGAGGUCGCUACCCCAGGCAGACCUCCUGGCUGAAUCCCAUGCCGGACGUAGCAUUUACUCGUUGAUAGAUCUGUACUCGAGGUAUGAUCAGCUUCCGCUGGAUGCCCGAGAUAGACCCUACACGACUAUGCAUACGUCGGUAGGCCAGUUGCAAAUGCAGGUCACGCCCAUGGGUUUUACCAACGCAGUAAUAGAAGCGCAAAGGAGGAUGCUUGCGGUCGCAGGGGACAUGUUUCCUGCGAAGUGCGAGCCCUAUACCGAUGACAAUCCCGUAAAAGGAGCACGUAAAAAGGAUGAGACGGAGGUUCAGCCGGGAGUGAGAAAGUUCAUGUGGGACCACCUACAGGAUAUCAAGGAGCUGCUCCAAAGAUUCAUGGAGUAUAAUAUCAUUGGUAGCGGUCCAAAGAGUAUCCUGGCGGUCCCGGAAGUCACCAUUUUGGGGUUCCGUUGUGGGGCUUACGGAAGGAAGCCGGACCCGGCUAAGACUGGCAAAAUUGCUCAGUGGCCUUUGCCCCUCCGAACCACAACGGAAAUAGCAGAACCUAUUCAGGCCAUGAUUCGCGAGGAAGGCACGCUGGACUGGACCGAGGACCGGGAGGCGGUCUUCCAGACCUUGAAGAAGAUACUGACAUCCGAAGAGGUUACCCUUGCCGCCCCGUGCUCCAAUGAUGAAGUAGGACGCCCCUUCAUGCUUGAAACCGAUGGGGGACCACUAGUCGUGGGAGGGGUGUUGAUUCAGAAAGGCGAAGAUGGGAGAGAGCGUCCCAUUAGAUUCGAGAGUAGAACGCUCAACUCAGCCGAGCGUCGCUAUUCUCAGUUCAAGAAGGAGGUGCUUGUGAUACUCCACUGCCUUAAGACCUUCCAGGCGUAUCUCUUUGGGAGAAGGUUCAUCUUAAGGAUAGAUCCGACCAAUGUCGCGGGAGCCUUAAAGAACUAUAGGCCUAUCAAUCCCACCGUGGGGAGAUGGGUAGGGUUCAUUUGGCAAUUUGACUACGAGAUUGAGCGCAUAGCCGGUCUUAGGAAUCGAGCAGACGGCCUGAGCAGGGCGAGCCUUACGCCGGAGGGACUAGAAGAAGCAGAGCCGAUCGAUGCAUUCCUCGAUCACGAGGGAGGGACUCUGGUGGUGGAUAAUGAGAUGGCUGGGACCGCCUGCACGACCGGAGAACUGUUGAUCAAAGCGUUAGAGAAAGGGCCUUCUGCGGUGAUAGCCGAACUCAGAGAAGGGGUGGUCACCAAGGUUGGACGAAAGGAAGAAAAGAACGCUUGGGGAAGUACUGUGGGGCCUCAGGAGGAACAAAUGGCCUUAGCUAUAGAAGGCGGAUGGAAAGAGGUCAUGAGCGUGAUGGAGUCGUGGGACCAAGAAAGGCAACGGUACGAAGUUAGCCAAAGGUGCGAGAAGCCAGCAGGGUUGGCAGUGGCCGAUUGGGUUGAAGAUUUCUACCUGAGGCACUUGUUCAUCAGGAGGUUUAUAGCCGACAAUGGGACUGAGUUCGUAAAUCAAGACGUCUUGAACACCUGCAAGAGGCUAGGGGUGCCCCUCAAGCUGAUUGAACCAUACCACCCGGAGGCUAACGCGCCGGUAGAAAGAGGGCACCAGACGCUGAAGAACACAAUUGCGAAGCUCGCAGCAGACGACCUCGGGAAUUGGCCCAAGUACCUCCGGCAAGUUGUGUUCGCUGAGAACGUGACUCCUAAGAGGACCACAGGAUGUGUCCCGACAGAAUUAUGGUAUGGAAGGGAAAUCGACUUUCCAAUAGAAACCCUAGUACCCACAUGGAACAAACUCGAGGAGGACCAUCACCUGACUACGGAACAGUUGAUGGAGGCUAGAUGCGAGCAGGCGGCUAAAAAUGAGGAACCCUUGGAAGAAAUUGUGAACAGGGUCUUCGAUAGUCGAAUGAAGGAUAAGACCAGGUGGGACCAACUGAAAAAUACCAGGAAGGAGCCAUUGCAAGUGGGGGAAAUGGUUCACGUCAGGAAUUCGACACUAGAAAGCACAUGGUCAGGACAGCUAGGGCGAAGAUUCAAGGGGCCCUAUCGUGUCACUAAGAGGCUGGGAAUGAACACCUUUGAGGUUGAGGACUUGGAUGGGACCAGCAUAAAAGGGUCGUUCCCUGCGCAGCGGCUGGUCAGAUUCCUCAACAGGGAUCCGGUGGAGCAAUGGCUGCAAGAAGCUCAGGACAAGGAAGCAGAAGAAUGGGCCGCGCAGUACGGCAACAAGGAUUCUACUUAUCACAUGCGUUUUCUCUUUGCCUUUGUUGUCUUCUUUCCUUUCGUGUGUGUGUGCAUGGGAAGGACAUGGGAUCCAGUUGGGACACCGUACCAUAGUUUUUGUGGGGACAUUGGGGAUGGAUGCCAAGGGUUGGGCAUUGAAUCAUAAGGGUGGGGACGAGGGGAUCUCUGAGGGCAAGAUGCCGUGACUACCCAAUGGGAUAAACGGGGCUUGGGGGC